ACGCCCAGCUCCGCCCCGGAAGCGCAGUGAGGGCCCGGCUGCUCGCAGCAUGGCGGCCCCCGCCAAGCGCGCGCGGGUAAGUGGCAGGUCGCCCCUCGUCGCGCCCUGCCCCUCCCCGAAAGCUGCCCGCGCGCCCCUGCCGCUCCCUGCGGGGUCCAGCGGCGGCGGCGAGCCCGAGGGCGACGCGGUGGCCGGCUUCCUGCGCUGGUGCCGGCGAGUGGGGCUGGAGCUGAGUCCUAAGGUGACGGUGAGCCGGCAGGGCACGGUGGCCGGCUAUGGCAUGGUGGCGCGGGAGAGUGUGCGGGCCGGGGAGCUCCUGUUCGCAGUGCCGCGGUCCGCGCUUCUGUCCCCCCACACCUGUUCCAUCAGCGGCCUGCUGGAGCGAGAGCGAGACGCACUGCAGAGCCUGUCUGGGUGGGUGCCGCUGCUGCUGGCGCUGCUCCACGAGCUGCAGGCCCCAGCAUCACCCUGGAGCCCUUACUUCGCGCUCUGGCCAGAGCUGGGGCGUUUGGAGCAUCCCAUGUUUUGGCCGGAGGAAGAGCGGUUGCGACUCCUAAAGGGUACAGGUGUCCCCGAAGCCGUGGAGAAGGAUUUGGUGAACAUCCGUAGCGAAUACUAUUCCAUCGUCCUGCCCUUCAUGGAGGCUCACUCGGAUCUCUUCAGCCCCUCUGUUCGCUCCCUGGAACUCUAUCGGCAGCUCGUGGCCCUCGUGAUGGCUUAUAGCUUUCAAGAACCGCUGGAGGAAGAUGAUGAUGAAAAGGAGCCCAACUCACCCUUGAUGGUGCCUGCUGCAGACAUACUAAACCACAUAGCCAAUCAUAAUGCCAAUCUAGAGUACUCUGCAGAUUAUCUCCGGAUGGUGGCUACUCAGCCCAUUCUUGAAGGUCAUGAAAUCUUCAACACAUAUGGGCAAAUGGCUAAUUGGCAACUGAUUCAUAUGUAUGGUUUUGCUGAGCCUUAUCCUAACAACACAGACGACACGGCUGACAUUCAGAUGGUGACAGUCCGAGAUGCUGCACUGCAGGGAACAAAGGAUGAAACUGAAAAGCUGCUCCUGUGUGAACGCUGGGAUUUCUUGUGCAAACAGGAGAUGGUAGGGGAAGAGGGAGCCUUUGUGAUAGGUCGUGAGGAGGUGCUGACUGAAGAGGAGCUAGCUACCACACUUAAGGUACUGUGCAUGCCUGCUGAGGAGUUCAGAGACUAUAAAGAGCGGGCUGGAUGGGGAGAGGAGGAGACGGAAGACAGUUUGGCAAUCACAGAUAUCCCCAAGCUCCAAGAAUCAUGGAAACGGCUUCUUCGAAACAGUGUUCUGUUGACCCUACAGACCUACGCCACAAACUUAAAAACAGACCAGGACUUACUCAGUAAUAAGGAGGCCUAUGCCACGCUGAGCUGGCGCGAACAACAAGCCUUACAGGUCUGCUAUGGUCAGAAGAUGAUCUUACAUCGGGUGUUGGAACUCACAAGUUAAGCAGGCUUCCUGAGAACCUUUUAAGGUCAUGUUCUAUUGCUUGGCGAGGAGGGAAAUUUGGGACUUUUGCUAUUUGGUAGUUAGAAUCAAAGGAAAAAUAGCUCAAAGGUAAACUUACACGUCGGCACGUUUAGAUUGAUGUCAGCAGUCUUAGGAGCAUGCUAUUUUUACUAAUGCCAUCAGAUUUUUUUAGAACUUAAUAAACAUGGGCUGAGUUCAACUUUGA